UAUUGCCUUAGCCCCAUGAUAGAUUUCAGGAAUGCAACAGUUUUUGCCAAAAGGAGCUUUUAAGUUGACAGGAUGACAAAGUGGUCAAAGACAAUUGCAAAACAACAUUAAAGUGCCAUGAAAAAGUCAGCACAGAAGGCUUUGGAAGCACAGGGUAACCUCUCACCUGACAGAUUGAAGACACUGAGCCAGGAUUAUAUUAACACUGUCUUGAUCUCACAGAUACUGUAUUUGAUGACAUUUCAAAACGUGAAGGAGUAAAACGAAAAAGUGUGAGAAACUCCCAUGAAUGCAUCUAACUUAACUAUCAACAAAGAUCUAAUGCAGACACAGCUCUGCAAGCUACUCAUAGUUUGCCCGCACUUUUCCAUUCCACUCCCUCCCCCUUGACAAAUACAGUCUUCCAAGGACCUUGGAAGACUGCGGUGGGGAGAAAGAACAAGCGUCUAACCAAGAGGCCCUCUGCCAUAGUAGAUGCAGCGGGAGUAUGAAGUCAUGCUCUAACCUCCUUUUAGGUGUCCAGUUCUCUGCUAGCUCUGUGAGUAAAUGAAGAAUAUAUGCCUACAAAGUAGGGAUGCCAGAGCUGGGCAAACCAAAUGACAAAGAGACACAUACAAGGUCAUUGUGGGGAAGAAAGCAUUUAACAGUCUCCAAAUGGGCUCUCACACUUUAUUCUAACCUUCACGACAACUCUUAAUUCACGCAAUACAACAGGUUCAGCCGCUUGCACUCCGCAGCCUGCUGAGAGGGUAGGUAACUUGUUCCAGGUCAGACCGCGAAUGAGCACAAGCAGGGCCCCCUCGCGGCGGCCUGUAGCGCCCCCGGGCCGCUGAGAGUUCGCGCCUGACGCCCAGGAACGUGCAGUUGGCGCUUCCACUUCGCGUUGCUCCCAAGGCUAGGGCCGCGCACGGCGCAUGGUGGGGGUUAGUUGGCAGGGGAGAAGAAGUAACUCUGCGUGUGGACCUCCCCACUGCGCUCUGCCAGGCUAGCACUCUGGGGAGAGCAGGUUGUGUCCCAGUCCUGCCGCCUCGUGGCCCCCUGAACGGCCCUCACGCCUACCUCCCGCCCUGGUCCCCGCCGCGCUCCAACCCCGCGGCGCCCCAACCCCCGCGGCCCGCGGCCGGAAGCGGGGUAUCCACGUGCUGCAAAUACCGGCGCGUCUGCGCAACCGUGAGCGGUUGGUCAGGUAGCCCGGGUCCUACCAGUCGCGCUUCACCAGGCAUCCCACCCAGUCCCUUUGUCCUUUGAAUCGGGGUUUGCGGAAAUCUCCUUGCGGGGGGGCUUCGCGGGCCUGGCCCGCCGCCCUGACAGCUCCGUGAGCGCAGCCGCCGCGGAGAUGUGCUCAACGCCCUGGCUGCCGACGCCGGGGUCCUCGUUGGUCCUGAAGGUGUCCUUCGUGGACGUGCAUCCUGAGGUGAUCCCAGUGCAGCUCUGGGGGCUGGUGGGCCAGCGGCAGGACGAGUACCUGCGGCUGCACCGAAAGAUCCAGGAAGCGGCGGCCACUCUCGGCCCGGGGGCGCUGGGAGGCGCCUUGGUCUCGCCGGGGGAACUGUGCCUGGUGCAGGUGGGGCUCUUGUGGUACCGUUGCCGCGUGGUCAGCCACCAAGCACAGGAGAGCCGCGUCUUCCUGCUUGACGAGGGCCGCGCCGUCACGUCCAGCGCGGACUCACUGGUUCCGGGGUGCAGCGAGUUCUUCCAUAUGCCCUCCGCCGUGCUGGGCUGCGUGCUGGCCGGCCUGGUGCCGGCAGGCGGCGGCAGCGCGGGCGGGGACCAGCCCCAGCACUGGCCGUCCAGGGCUGUGGAUUUCCUUAGCAACCUGCAGGGCAAGGAGGUGCACGGGCAGGUCCUGGACGUGCUGCACCUCCAUCACCUGGUCUUCCUGGAGGUGCCCAGUGUGUUCCAGCAGAUGCAGGCACUUGGCCUGGCCCGGCAGGUACCCAGCAGCCUCUUCCGCUUGCUACUCAAACCCUACCUCAUCACAGCCACUGCUGGCAUGGGUCCCAAGCCCCCAGGCCUCCCGAAAAUCCUCCCCAAGCAAGAGCGGCCUGGCCUGGAUUACGUCUAUCCCCAACUGCAGCUGGGCGUGACGGAGCCCGUGGUGGUGACCCAGGUGUGUCACCCCCACCGCAUUCACUGCCAGCUCCGGAACCUCUCACAGGAGAUCCACCGCCUGUCCGAGAGCAUGGAGCAGACAUACCGGGGUUUCACGGGGACAAGCGAUGAGAACUCCACUAGCGCCACGUGGAACGAGGGGGAGGAGAGCCCAGAUAAGCCGGGCUCUCCGUGCGCAUCCUGUGGAUGGGAUGGGCACUGGUACAGGGCGCUCUUGCUCGAGACAUUUCCGCUCCAGCGCUGUGCCCAGGUGCUUCACGUGGACUAUGGAAGGAAGGAGUUGGUGAGUUGCAGUAGCCUCCGCUAUCUGCUGCCUGAAUAUUUUCAAAUGCCUGUGGUGACCUACCCUUGUGCUCUGUCUGGACUCUAGGACCGUGGGGGAGGCUGGUCUCCGUCACAGGUGGGUGACCUGAAGACCCUGAUCCUGGGCCAGGCAGUGAAUGCAAAGAUCGAGUUUUAUUGUUCCUUUGAACAUGUGUAUUAUGUCACCCUGUAUAGAGAAGAUGGGAUUAAUCUUAACUGUGCGUUCGGAGUGCAGUCCUGUUGCUUGGUGGACAGAUUCCUUCAGGGCCAGGGAAGAGAGGAGGAAGAGAAGGAGGAAGCAGAAAGGGGUCUUCACUCUCAGUCUUCUGCUAAAGAAAUGGAAAAAGAGAUUUCACCCCCAGCCUUAAAAUCUAUCCAGUUAAAGAUAAAUGCCUUCUAUGAUGUCCAGGUAGAGUUUGCUGAAAAUCCUUCUGAGUUUUGGAUUAGGUUGAGGAAACACAAUGGCACCUUCAGCAAAUUUAUGAAGAGAAUGUGCAGUUUCUAUUCGGCCAGUAAGCUGGAUGGUGUAGUUCUGAAACCUGAACCUGAUGACCUCUGCUGUGUCAAAUGGAAAGAAAAUGGCUAUUAUCGGGCGGUCAUCACCAAAUUAGAUGACAAGAGAGUGGAUGUGAUUUUAGUUGACCAAGGCAACUCAGAAAAUGUGGACUGGCAUGACAUGAGGAUGCUGCUGCCUCAGUUCAGGCAACUCCCCAAACUGGCUCUGAAGUGCACACUAGCUGGUAUUUGGCCUUUGGGAAAAAACUGGAGUGAGGAAGCAAUUUCCUUUUUUAAAAAGACUGUGUUCCACAAAGAAUUAGUUGUCCAAGUCCUUGCUAAGCACAAUAAUCAAUAUGUUAUUGAGAUUCUAGAUGAAUCAAGAACAGGGAAAGAAAACAUUAGUAAGGUAAUUGCACAAGCUGGAUAUGCCAAGUAUCAGGAAUUUGAAACAAAGGAAAAUAUUCCCUUAAGUGCCCACUCUCCAGGGCAUGUUUCAAACCAUUUUGCUGUGGAGAAUAACAAAAUAUCCUCUGCCAAGAAGAUGGAAGUAGAACAGAAAGCCAAGAGGAAUAAUAAAACCAAGUCUGUUUCGGAAGUUUUGACUGGCCCAACAGUUACAAAUGUUUCAACUGGACUAGUUGUGCAGGAAAAAGAGAAAAGAGUAUCUGUUUAUUCUUCCCUUAUACGGAAUUUCUUGGAAAAUAAGCCAGGCUCUUCUUGUGAAGGAGGACUAGAAGUUGGAAGUACAGUAGAAGUCAAAGUGUCUUACAUUGAAAACCCUGGCCACUUCUGGUGCCAGCUGACCAGGAACAUAAAAGAACUUUAAACUCUGAUGUGUAAUAUUCAGGACUAUUGCAAGAAGACAGCUACUCCUUACCAGGGAACCACUCCUGCUUGCUUAGCAAAACGAACAGUAAAUGGAAAAUGGUCCAGAGCUCUGAUUAGUGGGGCACAAUAUUCAGAGCAUGUCAAUGUAAUAUUUGUAGAUUAUGGAGACAAAGAGAAGGUAUCUGUGAAGAAUAUUUAUUCAAUUAGUGAAGAGUUCCUCAAGGUGAAGGUUCAGGCUUUUAGGUGCAGUCUUUAUAAUUUAAUUCAACCAACUGGUCCAAAUCCCUUUAUUUGGGAUGAAGAGGCAAUACAAGCUUUUAGUAACUUUGUGGAUAAUGCAUGGGAAGACAAUCUAGAAUUAAAAUGCACAAUAUUUGCGUUGGCUUCAAUACAUGAUGAAGAACUGUUGGUCGUCGAUUUGCUAACAGCCUUUCAGAGUGCAUGCCAUUUUUUGGUAGAAAAGAGACUUGCAAGACGAGUAAAGCUUCUGAAACCUCUGGAGUCCUCUGUUCAGCUACAUUCUUAUUACUAUUCAACACAUGAUAUGAGAAUUGGAAGUGAAGAAUCAGUGUAUAUAACACAUGUUGAUGACCCUUGGACAUUUUAUUGCCAAUUGGAAAAAAAUGUAAAUAUUUUAUAACAGUUGUCAUGUAAUAUUACACAGUUAAGUAAAGUUUUGCUGAAUUUAAAAACAGCUCCCUUGAUUCCUGGAAACUUGUGUCUUGCCAAGUAUACUGAUGGAAUCUGGUACAGGAGUAUAAUAAUAGAAAAAGAACCAAGUAAAGUCUUCUUUGUUGAUUUUGGGAACGUUUAUGUGGUGGGAAUGGAUGAUCUGCUUCCAAUUCCUAAUGAUGCAUAUAAUGUCUUACUUUUGCCCAUGCAAGCUAUUAAAUGUUUAUUAUCUAAUAUUCCUGAUCGUACACCAGAAGAAGUUACAACAUGGUUAAAGGAGACUAUUUUAGAUAAGUCAUUGAAGGCUUUGGUCGUAGCAAAAGAUCCAAAUGGAAGACUGAUUAUAGAACUAUAUGAUCAUAGUAUUCAAAUUAAUGCUAAUAUUAAUGAGAAGUUAAGGCUACUUGGUUAUAAAGGUGGGACAAGAAAAAAAGAAGCCCUCCUCUCUGCAACCAAAACACUUGAAGUAAAACAGGAGAAUAAGAAGUUGUCACCAACAGAGUAUUUAAGUAAAACAGAGAACAAGUUAUACACUGCAGAGAUACUGGGAGAAUCUAAGGCCAACUUAGCUUGUAAGGAGCCCAAACUUUUACAAAGUUCAACAAAGUCAACCUUAAUCACUCCAUAUCAGGACUCUGUGGAAAAUAAAAAUAAUCAAGUGUCUCCAUUAACAAUAGAAAAGAAAGAAGAAAAUUUUGCUGAGCCCCCUUUGAAAGUCACAAAACUACAAGGUACUCUUUCAGAGAGAAAAACAGGGGAUUCAUACAGCAAACAUUUGCCUCUAAAAACUUCUGAGAUCCCUCAGAAGACUAAACUGCCUGGAUUUAAAACAACUGUAUAUCUUUCUCAUAUAAAUGAUGUUUUUGAUUUUUAUGUUCAGCUAAUGGAAGAUGAAGCUAAAAUUACUUGUCUUUCAGAGAGAUUAAAUGAUAUUAGAGCAAGGCCUGAGUAUUAUGCAGGUCCACCUCUGCAAGGAGGAGAUUUAGUGUGCACCAUUUUUCCAGAAGACAAUUUAUGGUAUCGUGCCAUGGUCAUGGAACAAGAGUCCGAUGACCUUGUCUCUGUACAGUUUAUAGAUUAUGGCAAUAUGUCUGUGGUUCAUACUAACAAGAAAGGCAAGCUUGACCUUACUAAUGCACUAUUACCAGGAUUGUGCAUUCACUGCUCCUUAAGUGUGCAUUCAUUGGGCCCUGAGAUUUUAAACUGUAAGGAAAUGAUGCAUUACUUUUCUCUAAGGAUGGAUGAGGCUCAGAUAAGAUGUGAAUUUGUCAAAUUUCAAGACAGAUGGGAAGUUAUUCUUGCUGAUGAACAUGGGAUCAUAGCAGAAGAUAUGAUUAACAGAUAUGCUUUACAUGAAACAUCUCAAAUAGGACCUUCUACCCAAAUAAAUAAAAAUAUCAGUUCACAGUCUGUCAACAGAUCAGACAUAGACAUUUCAAUAUUUCUUAACUGGUAUACAAAGAUGAAGGUAAUAAGAGCAUAUGCCACUGUGAUAGAUGGACCUGAAUAUUUUUGGUGUCAAUUUGCCGAUACUGAGAUACUGCAGUAUUUAGAAGUAGAAGUACAAACUGCUGGAGAACUGCUAACAGAUGGGAGAAGUUGUAUCUCAUGUCCUCAUAUUGGAGAUCCUUGCAUAGUGAGACAUAGAGAAGAUGGGCAUUAUUAUAGGGCACUUAUCACCGGUAUUUGUGAAGAAUACCUUGUAUCCGUCAGGCUUGUGGACUUUGGAAACAUUGAAGACUGUGUGGACCCAAAAGCACUCUGGAACAUUCCUUCUGAACUUUUGGUGGUUCCCAUGCAAGCNAGCCUUGGUCCCCGCCGCGCUCCAACCCCGCGACGCUGCGACGCCCCAACCCCCGCGGCCCGCGGCCGGAAGCGGGGGCUCCACGUGCUGCAAGUACCGGCGCGUCUGCGCAACCGUGAGCGGUUGGUCAGGUAG